AUCGUUAUGAAAUGCUUAUAUAAUUAAAUGAAAAUUAUUCACUGGUUUACUUUGCAAUAUAUUGUUAAUUCUAGGUUGAAAGUAGGGUUAGGCUAACUUUUUCAAUGAUUUUUUCGUCAUAAUAAUUAUAAAAUAAAACGAUAAAUUCAGAAGGUUUUUUAUUUAUAUACUUCAAUAUUAAUUAUAUUACACGAAUACAUUAAAAUAAUACGCUUCGUUGAACAUUUUAAAUAAUGAAUAAUGUUUCAAUGGCAUGCCUCAUUGCAGCGAUCCGAGCACUAGGUCUUACCGCCGACCAUAUAAAGGUCAGUUGACAGCGGAUUUAAUAGCCUAGGGGUUAUAUGCCAUUAUUUUCGUAUUUUUUACUCUUUGUCAUAGUUAGAGCAGGAUAAAUAUAGCUCACAUAGACAAUAUCGCUCACUAAAAUACGGCAGACCAGUAACACAUUUAGAAGGAGGCGUGACAUUUAUGUGGACUAUUUUUUGCGUACCUUAUAAAGAUUGGCCGACAGCCGAGGGGGUAAACACAAACCAAAGAACUUCACUGUCUUCUAAAUUAUGUAAUAUAGGCAGGUACUUUAGAUAAUACAUGAGUAUUUUUACAUUUUAAUCAUAAUUGAUUGCCAUUGCUAAUCCAGUAAACAUGUUUCAGAUAAGGAAAUUAACCAUUACAUCCUGAGCUUCAUUUUUUUAUGUAUAAUUGAACACACUAAGGGUUUUAACUAAAUAUCACAGGUUACAUUACGUUUGACGAAUUAGAAGAUUUUUCGUUAUAAAAAGAUCCCAAUCUCUAAUUUACGUUAAAACUUUUAAUAACAAAGAGGGAAUCAUGUCGUUCAAAUAUGGAUUUUUGCUAAUAGCACUUCUUUCUGGGUGCCUAGCAAAGCCUUCCUUCGAUGCUCAAGAUCUGUCCAUCUUCUUUGAGCAUGUUGACACGUCAGAUAACAACCGCAUCGUGGGUGGCACCCAGGCCGAGGAGGGGUCCGCGGCGCACAUGGUAGCGCUGACCGUGGGGUCUAACAUCGUAUCAUUCUCAUGCGGAGCCUCCCUCAUCACGACCCAGACCAUCCUCACUGCUGCCCACUGCAUUGAGGGUGCCUGGGUCAAUGGAUCUCUUGUCAGCUCGUACCGCGCUACCGUGGGCACCAACGUGUGGAACCAGGGCGGCACCUCCUACGCCAUCGCUCGCAACGUGACUCACCCAAACUACCUGGAAUCUAUCAUCAAAAACGAUAUCGGCCUCCUCAUGACGUCCACCGAUAUCCACCUGUCGGACACGGUCAAGGUCAUCCCUCUCAGCUUCGGCUUCGUUGGUGAAGGCAUUAAAACCAGGGCUACUGGAUGGGGAAGGAUUCGGGCCGGAGGUCCCCUCUCCAACAACUUGCUGGAGCUGACGCUGAGCACCAUCAGCGGCGAGGAAUGCGUGGAGAAGGUGGCGCAGGCCGCCGUGGAGCUGGAGUACCUCGUGCCCGACGUGGACCCGGCCCUGGAGCUGUGCGUCUUCCACUCUGUCGACCACGGCAUGUGUAACGGUGACAGCGGCAGCGCUCUUGUGCGCACGGACAUCGGUGGGCAGGUAGGCGUGGUGUCGUGGGGCUUCCCCUGCGCGCUUGGCGCCCCUGACAUGUUCACGCGGGUCGGCGCUUUCCGGGAUUUCAUCGAGAAACACGCAGUCUGAGGAGUGAAGCUUUAGUUGAUGCAAUAAAUUAUUAUAAUAAUA